UAUAUUUAACGAAGUGUGCGUGUGUGUGUAAUAUAUUGAAGAAAAGUAAAUAAAUGAAUGAAUAAAAGUAUCUAUACAUGUGUGUGUAAAAUUUUUCGUGUACGCAAUUGGAUAACGAGAGUCUAGGAGUGGUGGAAACUAAAAUUGUGCGAUCGUGCGAGAAAGAAGGAAAAAGAGUGUGGAUAAGAAGUAAAAGUGGAAGAUUCGGAGGCGGAGGCGGCGGUGGAGGAGAAAGAAAGAAAGAAAAUCGGGAGAUAAUUAGACGACGAAAAACGACCGAACUGAUUCGAUCAUCCCCCUCCCCCUGCACCCGAAAAUAUAUAAAACGAUAAAUAAAUAAAUAAAUAAAUUAAACAACAACGUCAAAGUGCCAGUAGACGGUGAAAAAAUUGCCAACUUCUGGUCAAAUAUCGGGGGGGGAGUGAGGCGGUGAACCCCCCGGGCGAAAAAGCGAAACCAGAUUGGAUAAUGUGGGCAUUUCUCUUUUUGGCCGGUCUAUUUAGCGGUUGGUGGGGCGCUCUGUCUCUCGCCGCGCCCCCAGAAUCCGCCGUUGCGGCCCCUCGGACGUCAUCGACGUCAGGAAAUACCCUGAGAACGUUGCUGUUCCCGUUGACGGAAAGAAAUUCUGAGACCGAGUCGACUCAAGGUCGGGAUCACCUGGAACCGUAUCGCUAUAACGCGGUAAAAAGACGCUCGACGUCGCUCAGGCGACGGGAAUCAAAAUUUCGGUACGACAGCCUUCCGCGACUGAGAUACGAGGAGGUCAUCGCGAGUCACGGUAAAACACGGGACACCGACUCGGCGAUCUUUCCGUUCGUCCAAGGGCCCGAAUCUACGGUCGAAAGACCCCGAGUCGCGAGGGCGGCGAAGAACCGGAAGGAGAGGACGAGGACGAGGGACAAUUCCCCGAGGGAACAGCGCAGGCGGGGAAGGAACAAGGAGAGAAGGGGACAGAACUGGUGCCCCGACGUCGACGUCGGGAACAGGGCGUACCUCGCACCGACCGUUUUUGAGGGUAAGGCCAGGAGCAUGUCUUCGGCCAGGAAACCCGAGUCCAACUACGCGGUGACCUUUGAGGUCAAGCGGGUAUACAAGAGUCAGAGCGGCUUUCAGCCGUUGGUGAAAAACGACAGUGUGAGAUUGCAUUUCCGGGAUAAAACUCCCGGGAAGUCCACCUUGUGCGAAAAAAGUGGAAUCGACGGAGUGAGUGCUCCGGGUGUUGUACGGGCAAAUAUCAAAAGGGGCAAAGUGUAUCUAGUUUUUGUUAGCCGCGUCGGACCGAGGAACUUCACUAUCCUAGGCGAACCGAUUAUUCGUAGCAAAAAGAACGCCCAGGCGGUUCAAGCCGUCGUUCGACCAGACUAUGUGAGGGAAGUAACAUUGUCUGAGCUUCGAGACGCAGUUGCGAGGUUACAGGAAAAAGUGAAGCUUGUCUGCCGGACGAGAGGGUCACCACCCCCAAGGGUGCACUGGCUCAAAGACGGUAUGCCUCUUCACCCCGGACAUGGUCUCAGAAUUCAGCACAAGCGGCGGAGAUCGAAAGUGGUGAUUGCCUCUGCGAAAGCAGAGGACAGCGGACGUUACGAAUGCGUGGCGGAAAGCACCGCUGGACAUCGAGCCGCCCUGGCCGCCAAACUUCUAGUCACACACGCUCCAGAAACUACGACGGCAGCGUGGCCUCGACAGGAAGCUCCUUGCCCAAUUUCGGAGGACUUCUGCAUGAACGGUGGAACCUGCUUGUUCUUUGAGACCGUCGGUGAACCAGCCUGCAGGUGUGCCGAGGGUUUCACGGGCCUCCGGUGCGAGAACAAGGAUGUAACAAGCACCGGAAAAAUGGAUAAGUACUCUUCCUUCGCCGAGGACAUCUCCCUUGCCCGCUUCUAGCGCAUCUAGCGGCACUGUCAAGCUUGCACACCGGGACAUACAUCGUGUUUUGUUUUAUUGUAGCCUUACCUCAUACUCCCGACAUCCUCGCCUUUCCUGCCCGUCCCCGACCCCAAAUAACCCGCAAUUCCCAUGUUUUACCCAAUGGACCUGCCCUGCUUUACGCUUAUACUCUACACACAUCCGUUCUUUCUCCAAUUUACUAUUUUGUUUUCGAAUGAUUUCCGUAUCUCCUUCUCUCAGUAUUAUUUCUACGUUUUUCUCUUCUCUACUAUCGUCUUAUCUAUUUCAUCUUGGAACUUGCUGGUUCUGGGGCUGUUACUCAACUUAAGAUAUUACAGCUGUGGCCGAGAUUUUCUAGUAGCAGUCAUACGUUAUCACGACCCUUGAACUGCUGGCCAAACUCCAUGCCUCUUCCUCCGACCAGAACUUUUGAAGAGAAAGUUUAGUGAAGUUGAUUGGAAAUUCCAACACCUGAAUCCUCUUCACAUUGUUCUUGAAAAUUUCAGAAGCUCCGAAGAUCCGGCCGUUGACGAGGACGAGGACGAGGACGAGGGUUGAGACCGAGAUAUCCUCGCCACCAGACUUCAAGCUAAGGUGAAAAAUUUUGGGACCGAAGAUGAAGACGCGACACUUGACAUACCCCAUGGUUACUUCAUAGGCAUGAAAAGACGGAAAAACAAAAAAAACAACCAUAAAUCCGAAGACGCUCCGCACUUGGAGUGAGCAGCAAAUCGACCCCUCACGAGCAAUUUGUGGAACUCUUACCGUGAAUUCUCGCGAAUUCUCGCAGGUCUAACAAAUGUCCGGUUUAACGUCUCACGUCGGGGAGAAUUCGCGAGGAUUCGAGAACCGUUCAGAGCACGCUCGGCACAGUGAAACUCUGUGUAGAUACCUUAUCGCCUUCCUCUAUAUUCCGUGUUUGCAUACGAGGUCAUCCGUCACUGUCAGUCGGCUGUGCGGCGUCGGGACGCCCACGGGAGUUAAUAUCUUUUUCACCGAGCAAAAUGGGGUGGAAAAAUAAAAAUGAAAAACCGCAUUUCGCUGGGCUGCAGCAGAUAUCGCGAAACCGAAUGGCGAGACUGACUCCAGUGCAUCUGCGAUAGUCGCAUUCUAUCGAUCUUCCCAUUCUACAUCUCGUUUUAUCCUCUCUCACACGAGAUUUCUCAAGCCUUCGGGGCGCAGAGUAAACCCCAUGAGUACCCCAACGAACACGCUUUCUUUUAUGCAACGGGCUGAAAGUGGGUGAGAGAAUUUUGAUUGAUGCGCUUCGAGGCGGUCGGCAUAAGUUAACACCUUUUACAAAUACCAGAAGGAGCUACACUGAUUCACGUUGUAAUCACGUGUAUGUAUGAUUUAGCUUAUUUUUCGUACCUAUUGUAAAUUAGAAAGUUGUUUUUUCUACUAACAAACAACAUCGAUAUUGACCCACUGAUGAUGAGAGACAAAUUUUAUUAUCCUUCCUCGUUUGAUUCAUUCGAUAAGUCAUUUGUUGUUGGUUCGAACAAGGCGCACUGGAAUUUAAUAAACAUACUAGUAUCAAGGCGUUGAUUAUUUAAUUUGAGUUGUUUUUGCACCAACAAGUACGGACUUUGUGAGCACUGUUCAAACAAUCAAUGCCUUUUAAAUUUCCCAAAUAGACACGGAGUUGAAAUAAAAUUUAUUUAAAUUAAGGAAGAUUUCCUGAAAUCAAAUAAACUUUAUCCGAAUUAAGUAUAUAUCUAUCGGAUUCGAAGAGUCUUAACCAAUUGAAUAGUGCUGAUAUUGGCCAGACUAAGAACUUUCUGCUCGGAUGUGUGCUGAGCUCAUAAAAUAUUACGAAAGAAAAUCUAUUUUCUGUGUUAUUUAUGAUGAAAUCCAAAAUUUAAACAGCUCUAAGAUGAGAAACACCACGUCGAUUAAUAUCCAAGUUAUCCAAAUUCGUUUCUCCGUUCUUGAAGCAUCGUCGGACAAAAAUUUGAUCACAUACACACCCGAACUUCCAUCGGCCAUUCAAAAAUAUUCGGAGGUAAUAAACUAGACCUGGUGACGUCAAGAUCCAGUGAAAAUUCACCUUUUCAAUUUUGGGAUGAUUAUAAGGAUAUUCCUUAUUUUCUUUUUUUCUCCGAAAAAGAGAAGCGGAAGUGAUAAAAAAAUUUAAUGAUCUUAGUAAAUUUAUCAGAUUCCAGUCUGCUUGAUUCGAAUCAUACAAAUUACUUAUUGCAUGGAGAAAAGCAAGCGGAACAAGUAAAUGUAGUUCCUUGUAACAAGUAAAUAUUCCUCUCAUUGUAUAAUACGAACCAUCAUCGAGGAUUUUCAAAAUCCACGAAUAUGAUGAAUACAAGUAAAAAUUCGAAUAAUAAAUAUUUGUUCUUAAAGUUAUUUUAAGACAGUCGAAACGUUACAUUUUAUCAUAAUUAAACUGCAUGCAACUGAAUAGAAAAGUGUGAUUGAUUCACUAGGCGAUAAUAUAUACCGCAAGGAAAAUUCGAUCAUUUUUUCUACGAAGGCUUCCACGAUUUGUUGAGAGCUUCGCCUUUCUGAUCUGCAGUAGCUCUGAAACACCGAUAGACCCUUGAGGCAGCGGUUUGAAUACAGAAGAGAAAAAAAAAUUCGUGAAAUCAUGAUUUUAUACGCGAGCUGAAUUGGCCGUAAGAGAGGAUAGGAGAGGUUGGGUAAAAAGGGGACGAGUAAAGGAGGAGGGUAAUCGUAUUCCCUGCACCUCGUAAAGAUGAGUUGAUCCUCCGUGGAUCAUUCCCUCUUCCCUUUCAAUUUGAUCGAAGAAAAAUAAUAUAAAAAUUACAACCCAACCCAACCCUUGCCGCAGUUGUAAAGUACGAAUAGCAUUGGCUCAAAUUUUAUAAAAUCUUUGCGAAUAUAAAAAUAUUACGAACGAAUUCUGAUUCAAUGCAGAAAAUAAACUCUGAUCAAUGGUCUUCGGUGUAAAUCAUAUUCUAAAAUAAGUUUUGAUUCCUUGCUUCAUUUUGCCGUACACCGUAUUUAAAAAAAGAAUUGUUCGUUCGUACAAAAGCAAGAAAAAAAAAAGAAAUUUGUAAAAACUAGUUACAAAGUUCAGCGUAAUAUCAAGGUCAUCUUUUGCGAAAUAUAAUUUUACAACUUUGUUUUACAGAAAGUUCCAUAAGAAUACGUUGUUAUAAUUGUUCGAUCGAAAAAUCACGCUGAUAUUGAAAACUGUAAAGUACCUUGACAAUAUUACCAAAAAUUUACUCAAAUCAUACGAAACAUGAAAAUGCAUGAAAAGAGGAAAUAUGACUCCAUUUCAAAAUUGUCGCCGUAUCGCCUUGAAGUGGAUGGAAGUGAACGAUUCGAAGUGUUGUCCAUUCUAUGACGUGCAUAAUUGAGAAAGUUAUUUCUGAAAGAUCAUAAAGUGCAUUACUCGUAUCUGACAGCGAACGGUAUGCCUCUGUUUAAUAAAAUUAACCGAGUAAUUUUCACUUCGUGUCGUUUAAAAUUACGUAACGGAAUCGGAAACCAAAAUUUAGGGGCAGCCGUGAUAACUAUUUAUAACAUGUACCAUGCUUGAAGAUUUUUGACUUUCAUAUGCUUGUGAAAAUUACCCCCUCCCCCUCCUCCUCCCCCCCCCCCCCCCUCUCUUCCCAUCCCCCUUUAUAUAUAGUACAUUAUAUAUUAUAAUAUCGGAAGCAUUCAAUUUAGGUUAUUUGCAAACAUCGAAUAAUCAAAAAUUGAACUGCCGUGUAUUUUGAAAGCAAAAACGAGCGAAAUUAUACGUAUAUAAAGACAGACAAAAUAUUAUAAUAAUUUGACGAUUCUGUACCAAAGAAUGUUAUAGCGUAUGAUGUCCGUGCAAGCUUAUUAGUGCCGCAAUUAAAUUUUCAGUGUUAUUUUAUAAUCGUAUUUGUAUAUGUUACAUUACAUAUACACGUAUAUGUAUAUAUAAGUACUGUAUUUAUAUCGAACGAUUUAUGAAAGUCGUAGGCUAUUAUCGUAUGUAUAAAGAACGCGCGCGGUUCUUUUAUCGAAAUUUUACUCGGUCGAGUAUCGAUAUUUCUUAAUUGUAACGAAGAGUGUCAUUUAUUCAAUUCCCCGCAGUAAGAUAUUGGUAAAAGAACACCGCACGCGGUCAGCGAAAAAUAAAAAUAUUUUAUGGUAUAAUAAUAAUAACAAUAAUAAUAAAAAUAAAAAUAAUAAAUACAGGCAUUGAUUAUAAUGGUGGACUAUAAUAACCCGUUUAUACUACAACGGUUGUAUAACCACGGCUCUCAAGAAACAGCAAUUAUCUGUAUCUAUAUCCUAAAAUUGAAGAGCAUCGUGGGAUUGUAUAACAAUAAGAGAAUAAGCUGUUUAUUAAAAAAUUCAAAAGUAGUACUAAGAUAAUAUUAAAAUCGAACGUAGGUAAAUAAUUAUGAGGCAGAUACUUAUAAAUUAAUCGCGAUUCGUAACGAACAUGAUAUAAUUAAUAAUAUUACGUAUACUAUUAUGUACUUUAUAAAUAUAUAAUGCCAGUAUGUGUAAGGAGUUAUUACAGAGCUGUAAUUCUAUCCGAUUGACCUUCUUGAUGUUAGAGUCAUUACGAUGAUUUGACACAUCCCUGGGUAAAACUAGGCAAAAUCAUAACCAAUGAUAAAAUACACCAAAAAUGGUGCCAGAAUUAGCUGAAAUGUAGAAUAGAAUUACAGCUGCUGAACCAAUGCAUUAGAUAAAUAUCUAUAACUAUCUAGUUAUAAAGCGCUGUGUAAAAUAUUGUGUACCGUUUCUCGUUAUUCAUUUUUCAAUGUUUGUACUAGGGACGUAUUUAUACGAUACCAUAUACAAACACAUAUAUGUAUAAUAAAUAUAUAUAUAUAUAAUAUAUAUAAAGUUAAGUAUACAUUUAAUAUAAUAGGGAAGCAAUUCGUAGUUCAAUAUUUCACAAAAUAAUAUAAAUAUUACUUAACUUCAAGCGAAGUGUAAAGCUAUUCCUAAUUUAACAAUAUUAUACCUAUAUAAUAUAUAUAAUGAAAUUAGACAAAUUUAUUGUUACAAUAUAUAUUAUAUAUGUUCGUUACGUAGCUGCAAGGCUAAUUGGAUCAGUAAUAUAAUUUGUACGAAACGAACUUCGUUAUGCAGCUUUAACUGUGUCGACAAGACUACACGUAUAUGUAUAUUAUACAAUCUAUACAUCAUAUAUUACAUAUAUUGUAUAUUAUAUAUAUAUACAUGUAUAUUUCACCUGGAUAUAAAUCGUAUGGAUUUUCAUCCAGCAGAGAAUAGUGGCUGCAUUUCAUUUUUCAACGGUUAAUCGGUUAUCGAAAAAUUAUAUAGGUACCUACUAAGUUCGCGUAGAGAGGCCUUACGUCUUAAUUGAAAAUCUAUAAUAUAAAACACGAUCAAUAACAAAAAGAAAUUCUCAACAUCGGUAUAAUACUGCGGUAAUAUUUUUUAAUAAGUGACCGUGUACGUGCCAGUAAUAAUAACAAUUACUAUCGCAAUUGUCAUUGAAAUAAAUCACAAACAAAUAUUGUCAUGAAUCAGGUGAUACGACCUGUUCAAUUCACCUGUAAAUAGGCUGCUUUACCGUAAAUAUAAUAUUGUAUACAUGUUCACAAGUAUGCAUAAUAUUGUCGAGAAUCAGUUAUAAUGAAUUUAAAUGAGACUCGAGAAACAGAACUGUGCGCGUGUACGAUUAACUUGCGAAUAUUUGGCCUUUAGUUAGUAUAUUUUUGAAAAUGUGCACAUAAAACAUUAUAGAGCUGUCUCUAGCCGCACCAAUAUUGAUAUCGAUAUUCUGAUUCUCGUUAAAAUUAAGUUACUUUAUAGGUUGUCAUUCUGUAAUCCUUACGAUGUAGGGUAUAUAAUAAUAUACAGUACUGCAGCACAUUAUAUAACAAUAUAAAGCAUAAGUUGAUGUUUCCUGAUGAUCUCUAAACCGGUAAGACGAUAUGAUAAUUACGUAGUUAUGGAAUUAAAUAAUUGUUAUAACAAAUAAUAAUCGACGAGCGGCAGCAGGCUUUCAUAGGGUACAAUGUAAUACCUAUACGCAUUAAUAAACUUAUUUAUUACAUUGCUUAACGAUAACAGAUCAGAGCAAAGUGAGCUAAUGAAGCAGCCCCUUAAUAUACGACGUAAAUACGAGUGCUCGCAUUUGUUACGUCAGCGGUUGAAUUAUUUCCAAAUAUGAUUCGACUGCCGUGAUUCUUUCUUCAUUUCUUUUUCUUGGUCGUUGAGGUACUUUAUUUCACAUCCCCUCCGUCCGAGGAUACAAGAAUUAUACCUGUAAUCAAAUUCACGCUUGCAGCAUUCGCUUUCAGUUGUUUGUUGUAUAACUGUUAUUAUUACAGUGGAUGUAUACAUGUAACGUCGCGAUCGAAUUAGGCUGUAAUGAAUUCUUACAACGAAACGUUGCUGAUGUACUGUUCAAACUUUAGUCAAAUACGUUGUAUACAUAUAAAUAUAUUUAUUAUUUAUUCUAGUCCUAAUUGCUUUACUGUAACAUAAUAUAUCUAAUUCCUGUGUCAAGUGUAACAACUAUAAUUAAGUUCUAAUAAAAUCAGGUAAGACCUGCUCACUUAUCUAA